AUAAGCUGCAGUUGUCAAUCAGUAAAAGAUGAGAUGUGAAAAGUACCAAAACAUAGCCAAUGACGAUUUUGGGUAAAAACAAAUCUCGCACUAGUAUUCCCUCUGAAUCAAUAAUCACCCACACCACAAAUUUGGCACAGAAAAUGCCUCCUUUACACUGUCUAAUCUUUGAAGGAGGGAGGGGGGUUAUGGUUUUGUCUUUGUUUUCUUCCUUCUUCUGUUUUUCAUUUUUUUUUUCCAAUAUGUUUUUCUGGGUAAGACUGUGUAGAUCAGUUAGUGGGAGGGGAUUUUUACUUCCAACUCUUGAAUUGGCUAUAUAUUUGGCAUCCCCAACUUGGGCAUGGAUUUCUGUACUGCUAUAUCUUUUUCUAUUCUUCUUGAAUCAUGCCUUACAAUCCCCCACUUUGCUUGUCUGUUCUUCACCAGUGACCAAAAAAGGCCUGGAGCAAGAAAACCCAAAACAAUGGACUAAGUACUAACAAACGUCAAAAAAACACUACUUUGAUAAAGUUUCAUACAAUCAAAAAACACCCACUUCUCAUAACCCUUUCCUUUUAGAAGGAUGGUUUUGGGAAUGAAGAAGAAGAUUUUGAGGAGGUGGUGAUGAUGAUGAUGUUGAGGCAGUCAGGAUUUGGUAGCUCAAGAUGUCAAGACUGUGGAAACCAAUCAAAAAAGGAUUGUGUUUAUAUGAGAUGCAGGACUUGCUGUAACAGUAAAGGCUUUGAGUGUGAAACUCAUGUGAAGAGUACUUGGGUUCCUGCUUACAGAAGGCAAAAGAGACACCAACAACUUCUUCUUCCAGCUUCUUCUGUUCCACAACACGAUAACCCUAAAAGGUUGAGAGAGGAGAAUCCAUCUUCACGAGGGCUAGAAGAAAGGAAUUUUCCAUCGGAAGUUAAUUCGCUGGCGACAUUUCGUUGUGUCCGAGUGAGCUCCAUUGAUGAAACAGAUGAUGAACAAUAUGCAUACCAGACAAGUGUGAAUAUAGGUGGACAUGUGUUCAAGGGAAUCUUGUAUGAUAAAGGCCCUGAUGCAAGCCAUUAUAGUCUAGGUGAGAGCUCUUCUAGUCAAGCACAUGUAGCCAAUGCUGCUGAUCACCAUCAAGCCCUAACUACUGCUGCUGCUGCUUCAGCUGCAGAAGAAGUACCAUUUCUUCCUCCUUCAUUUCCAUUCCCUCUCAAUGCUUUCAUGUCUGAUAUAAUAGUACACCUAGCUGGUCACUUGAGGCGGCCUUAGCCGAGAAGGAAUUCAUAGAAGAUGAAUACAGGAAAAAGGUUGAAGAGGCCAAAAGAAGGGAGGAAGCUUUGGAAAAUGAUUUGGCGAAUAUGUAAAGAAAGAGGCGGCUGCUCCUGAGAACACUGACGAGAGGCAAGAUGAUGGGGGAUAGAUCAAUUCAGGCAUUCAAAAACAAAUGGCAUCGAUGGUUAUAUAUGCUGUCCAGAAAGAAAGUCCAAGUAGCACCAAAAUAUAAGCAUACGUUGUUUACCCAUUUAAUUGUUAAUUCUUUUUGACAUUUGCUCGUGUAUUUUCUAAUUCCAUCUAAAGUUUCAAAUUCAGGGGAGGUUAUUUUGUGACUUUGUGGGGCAACUUAUGUGCCUAUUUACCGAGGACAGAAGGAUGUUUGUGCCAUCCCAGGAAGGGCAGCUGUGCUCUGUUUGUGAGGUUGCAGUACUGAUUGGAGUUGAUGCUUCAGGUUUGCUAUGUUCUUGUUCCCAGAUAAGAUAAUCAAGUGCCGAACCCGUAUAUAUAUAAUUUCAACUAGUUUCCAGUUCGACCUCUUGUUUUCAGAAGCAAUCAGAUGGAUCAAUAUAUAGAUAUAUCUGUAGGUUAAAUGUAAGAAACAUCGAAGAAGAGUUGUCAAAUGAACUUUUUUCUGCCACCU